UGUGAUCCACGUACCCUAAAUCUGCCCCCGGGAUUUGCCCCGAUCGGUGUAUAAAUACUCGCCGAGGACACUUCAGGCCACUUUGUAGCUCCAGCUCGUUACAAUCUCUCACCAAGAUGAACAUGAUGCUUCACGCCAUCGGUUUCGGCCUCCUCUUCCUCCUCUCCAUCCAGGCCAACGAGGUCCCCGUCCAAAAGGACUUCAACCCUCAGCUGUUCACCGGGAAAUGGUACGGCAUCGCCGCCGCGUCCAACAACCCCAUGUUCCUAAAAAUGAAGAAGGACCUGUCCCGGCCAAUCAUCGUCUUCACUCUGCACGGCAACGACUUCAAGGCUGAGAUCGGAUACAUGACACCCAAAGGAUGCCAGAAGAGAGUCAUGACCUACCACGCGAUCGCCAACGGCCAUUACUCCAGCUCCGAUCAGGGGAAGAUGGAUAUCCGGAUUAUCGGGACAGACUACAAGUCCUUUGCUCUGGAAUACACGCUCGCCGAGCAGGAGAACAAGGAGACCUCCGUCAUGCUUAAACUUUACGGGAGGAAAACCGACAUGCCGGCCGAAGUCCAGAAACAGUACGAGCAAUACUGCGCGUCCCUAGGCCUCACCAAGGAUCACAUGGUGGUGUUUCCCAACGCGGAUGAAUGCGUUCCAGGAAAAUUUUAGCGAGUCCUGCCUGACCCCGCGGCCCCCGAUCUGCAGCCCCUUCGUGGCUCUCGUUUCAUCUCUUUCCUCGCUUGUAACUUGGUUGUGAAAUAAAGCCGCUUAUAUCGCACGCGUCUGAUCUUCGUUUUAUUCGCUGGGAUUGAGGCCGAGGCCCCCGAUCACAAACCGGUCAGACCGC